UAAACGCCGCUGCCCUCGUGCGAUCCCGAUCCCCUUGACUAAACGCAGCUGCCGUCGUGCGAUCCCCUCCCCUCGAGCAAACGCCGCCGAUGACCUCCCGGAUCUUGUGCGAUCUAUCUCGCUGCCGCCUACGUCCGGGGUCGAGGUCAACAUCGGCGUCAUCAAGUGCGGACGUCGAGGCCCCCGACUCGUGGGCCGCCGCCGCCAUCACCUCACCCCGGGUCAGAGCGUGGCCUUGACCGCCGUGCGGGCAACGAGGAGCGCCGCAAGGAGGUGCUUCGGAGGGCGGCGUCGGAGACACGCGGCCAAGCCUUCUGUCGCGCCAGCGAGGCCGCCAAGCACCCCCUGGGCCCUGGGGGAGCGCCACUCGUCGUUCCUCGCAUCCUUGGCCUCCGAGGGGCCGAAAUUUCUGGACGCCUUGAGCUCCUUGCUGCGCUCCGGAGAAGGCAAAGGGCCGCGCCAUUUGAUCUCUGAUGCCAGCAUCACAGAGCUGCAGAAGAUGCAAGGGCGCCGGUGCUCGCCCAUCACCCCACUCCCAGCACCAAAUCACUUGGACGGUCUUCCAGCAAGGAAGCAAUGGCUGGAGAAGAGGCAGAGGUUUCUACGGACGGAGCUUGAACAAUUCCUCCGCGGCUACCGCGAUCAGCACCCAUGCGAACCAACAUUCGAGCUGGAAAUCAUCUGCGGCGUGGCCAAAGAGAGCGCCUAUCUGUCCUCCCAUUGCUACCACAUCAAUUUCCUCGCCGCAGCAUCCGAUGGCACGCUGAUGCUCUUCUUCGCCCAGGUUUGGGAGGAGAAGAGACCCGACAACACCGAGUCGUGCUGCCGUUUAGGGGUUCGUUACAGCGACAGAGAAUCGGAGGUCUCUUUUUGCUGUCCCUUGCCCUACUACAGCCCAAAUGAUGCAUAUCUUGGGCGAUGCACCAUUUGCGAGUUCGGAGUAAGUAAGAUUGUGCAUCCACCUAUUGGUCUGCAACUCUGCAUAUCAGAGCAGCGCAUACUGAUUUUGGAAAGGCCCUUGCCUCAAAUUCGAAGAAAGUGUCCUCUCGUGCGGACGGCAUCGUAGACACGGAGUUGAUAUACUGUGAUGACCAAACAGAUUCUCAUUUUGCAAAUGCGCUUAACGAGAGCUACCCUUCAGCAAACCUGGACAAGGACCUUUGGACUAUGAGCCUCUCAUGAGAUCAAGAUGUCCUCAAGUUUUGGUUAAGUUUUUCAAAGAAAAAAGACGUCCUCAAGUUUUUUUUACACGAGCAGCGGCAACUUUGCUUUUUUUUAUUACUAGAUAAUUGCUCGUGCGUUGCAACGGGAGUAUAAACAUUCCAAUAGAUCAACCUGUG